GUUAAAGAUUAGAGAACUUAAACCUUUGCUCCCGGGAGCUUGCAAUCUGUUGCCUGCUGGAAGCUGCCUCUGAAGGGUGCCUGGGUCUCCACGUUGGGAGCAGAGUUUUUUGAGCAGCCCUGGACUCUGUCUGUUAUCACUAUGUGUGUGAUUUGUGUCAACAACUGAGCCUCCUCGUCACUGCAAAAAAAGUGUCGGCCAUGAGCAGGCAGCACCCAGGGAUUAUGGGGAGAUAGGAGGCUGUCAGCUUUGUGGGUGCAGCGUGUGAGACACCUCCAGGACAUGCUCAUACAUGGAGACGGCACUGGGCACCUCUAGGAACGGAGACUCAGGGAUUUAUUCCUCCUGCACCCACCCAUUGUCACAAAUAUGAGAAGAGGCACCGAGAUUUAGCUGCCUGGGGCGGGGGGUUAUUCUUCACUUGCAGCGACCGGGCAGCUCAGGGCACCCCAUGUUUCUGGGGGAGGAACGCAGGCUCCAGCGGUCGGCUGGAAGGCAAAGGAACCGUCGCCUGUGUUGGAGGCAAACCCUGCAGGAGUUAUUUUGCUGCAUGCAGGGACAGAAGUCUAGGGAGAGGGGUCCCGGGGAGAAGAGAGCCUGCGAGCUGCUCAUUGAGAACAAGGAAUAUGGUGGAGACGGAAUCAUGUCGAAGCCCAAAGACAUCGUCAGAAUUGAGGAGAGCGUAGGGGAAGGGGAUGACAUGGAUUUGGAGGCCCUCGAGAGCAGUCACAGUCCUGCCCCAGACAAUCUGUAUGAGAGAGAAGGUUGUACAAGCCGAUGCCCUUCUACUCAACAAGGCCACCCUGAGAAAGUAGAACUGCUGACCCCCGAUUUGAAGAGGUCACAGCCGUUGCUCAUUCAGAGCCGUAAGUGGGGGAGAUUACGAGAUGAGGAGUCACGAUCGGCAUCUCUCCCUGACAUCCCAAAUCCAUUUCCAGAGCUCUGCAAUUCUUCCCCCAUCUUAAAUAACACCCCAAGUGGUCGCUCCCCAAAGGAAGGGGGACCUCACGUAGUAAAGGUGUACAGCGAGGAUGGCACAUGCCGAUCCUUAGAAGUUACAGCCGGGGCCACUGCAAGACACGUGUGUGACAUGUUGGUGGAGAGGGUGCACUGUCUGAGCGACGAGAGUUGGUCUCUAAUGGAGCUGCAUCCCCAUUUGGGGAUUGAGCGCUGCCUUGAAGACCACGAGUCAGUGGUAGAGGUCCAGGCCAUGUGGCCAGCGGGAGGAGACAGCAACUUUAUCUUCCGUAAAAAUUUUGCCAAGUACGAACUGUUCCGUGGUUCCCCUUAUUCUUUGUUUCCCGAAGACAUGGUCGGAGGGAACCUGGAAGUCCAGAAAGGCCUCACGCACUCGGAGCUCGUACAGAACUUCCUGAAUUCGGGCAGCUGGCCAGAGAUCCAGGGCUACUUGCACAUGAAGGAAAGUGGACGUAAGGUCUGGAAGUGCUUUUUCUUCUUUCUGCGGCGGUCAGGUCUUUAUUACUCUACAAAAGGAACCUCCAAGGAUCCCAGACAUUUGCAGUAUUUUGCUGAUGUGAAUGAAUCCAACCUUUACUGCCUGACCCAGGGCAAGAAGAUGUAUACCGCCCCCACUGAGUUUGGCUUCUGUUUAAAGGCUCUAAAGAUGCGCAGUGGUACAAAAGGGCUGAAAAUCCUGUGCACAGAAGAUGAGCAGGCGAAGACCUGCUGGCUCACUGCAAUACGUCUAUUUAAGUAUGGAGCCCAGCUGUAUAAGAAUUACCAGAUAUCUAAGCGUAACCCUCAUUCGUGGGCUGAGCCAACCAAACAGCGCAGCGCCUCCGAUAGCACAUUGGUCCCUAUGGACUUCUCAGGCUGCACUGGGAGAGUCAUAGAGAACCCACUGGAAGCCUUGUCUGUGGCUUUGGAAGAGGCUCAGUCUUGGAGGAAGAAAACCACUCACCGUUACAGUCUGCCCACGCCAUGUCAGGCCACCCCACCCAACAGUGCAGGAAUCCACAAAAGUCAAGCCUGGUACCAUGGGCGCCUAUCAAGAGAUGAGACUCAGCGGCUAAUAAUGCAGCAAGGGAUGGUGGACGGAGUUUUCCUGGUACGGGAAAGUACGAGAAAUGCCAAAGGGUUUGUCUUGUCUUUGUGCCACUUGCAGAAGAUCAAACAUUACCUAAUCUUACCGUGUGAGGAAGAAGGCAGGCCUUACUAUUCAAUGGACGACGGAGAGACCAAAUUCAUUGAUCUCAUCCAACUGGUUGAGUUCCAUCAGAUCAACAGAGGAAUCCUGCCGUGCACUCUUAAACACUACUGUACCAACGUGGCACUGUGACAGGAGUCUUGGCUGGAGUCUCUGAAGAAGACAACUGGGAUGCCACCGAUUGGGACAACUAUUCCACAUUAACUGGUAUCACUGAGAUACAAUAGAGCAUUGUGGAUGGUUUGAUCCAACAGGGGACUAGUAACUGCAUGCCCAGCAUUAAGACACAAAUGCUUCCUUCGAGUGAUAAAAAUAAGAUACCGGCCCAAGGACUGAUGUGUAGGAGAGGAAACCCAAUAAGCUACAUUUUUUAAUUCUAUGCUGGUGCAAAUGCUUCAGAUGACAGCCAAGGAGACAAUUCAAUUCCAAAGAAAGACUUACCCUUUUAUAUGGAGGCCCACGAACAGUUGAAGAAGGCUGGGCACAUGGAAAAGUCACAGUGCGACUGUACAGUACAUAUCAAUGUGGCCAGUUGACGGUCAGAUAUUUUAUACGGUAAAUCCUGACUAUAUAUAUAUUUUUUUGACAUCUAUUUUUUGCUUAUUUUUGUACAAAACACUCUAACCUCAAUCUGCUUAUGAAGAGAAUUUUAUUUAUAUCUACCCAGACGUGACACCUAAUAAAAAGAGAGGAAAUACUGCACUA